CUAGCCCUGUUGAAGACUGACUGGCAAAGACAUAUGAAGAACAUGCGGUCUGGGACAAAUUAUUCAUAUGUUAACUAACUUUCAGGAGAAACUUUUGUACUGGAUAUUGCUUGCACCCAUUACUUAACUAAAAUCUGGUGCUUACCCCCCUUGGACAAGUAACUUUUCGAAAGCACUGCUUCAAAAGAAAUAACUACCUUAAAUCAGAAUAUUUUUUUUCUUCCCUGUUUAUUUUUACAUUCAUGUUUUAAAAAAAAUUGAAUAAAAAACAAACAAUUUUCAAAGCCUGGAUCAAACAUUGGAACAUUGCUGAAGUUUAUGCAAUAUUUGAUGCAGAGCAGAUCGCAAUUACUUCGAUUUUCAUAGAAGUAUGAGAGAUUAACUUUCCCUUUCUUCUGACUUGGAACUUGAUCCUAACGAGACAGAAGACCACACACUAGACUCGAGGCACUUCUAAGCCAAAAGAACUUUUAAAGGAUUAACAAGAUGCACUGUGAGAAAUUUGUCACCAUCCUAAGAAUAGUAGGAACAACACUGUUCGGAGUCAGUCUUUUGCUUGGAAUUACAGCUGCUUAUAUUAUUGGGUAUCAGUUCAUCCAAACAGACAAUUAUUAUUUUUCAUUUGGCCUUUAUGGUGCCAUACUGGCUUCACAUCUGUUAAUUCAAAGCCUUUUUGCAUUUCUGGAACAUAAAAAAAUGAAACGGUCAGUGGAGACCCCUAUCAAGCUAAACAAAACUGUUGCUCUCUGUAUUGCUGCCUACCAGGAAGACCCAGAUUACCUUCGUAAAUGUUUACUGUCUGUGAAGAGGCUGACAUAUCCUGGGAUUAAAGUUAUCAUGGUCAUAGAUGGCAAUGAUGAGGAUGAUACGUAUAUGAUGGACAUUUUCAGUGACCUCAUGGGCAGGGAAAAUGCUGCUACCUACAACUGGAAGAAUAAUUUUCAUCAGAGAGGACCUGAUGAAACAGAAGAGUCACACAAAGAGAGCAUGCAACAUGUAACACGGAUAGUUUUGUCAAACAGAUUUGUCUGUAUCAUGCAGAAAUGGGGUGGAAAGCGUGAAGUAAUGUAUACAGCAUUCAAAGCACUGGGAAAAAGUGUUGAUUAUGUUCAGGUGUGUGACUCAGACACAGUGCUAGAUCCAGCAUCAACAGUAGAGAUGUUUAAAAUCCUUGAAGCAGAUUCCAUGGUGGGAGGUGUUGGAGGUGAUGUACAGAUCUUAAACAAAUAUGAUUCCUGGAUUUCAUUUCUUAGCAGUGUUAGGUACUGGAUGGCUUUCAACAUAGAAAGAGCAUGCCAGUCUUAUUUUGGAUGUGUUCAGUGCAUCAGUGGACCACUGGGAAUGUAUCGUAACUCACUACUACAUGAAUUCAUUGAGGACUGGUACAAUCAGGAGUUCCUUGGCAGUCAGUGUAGCUUUGGAGAUGACAGACAUCUUACCAACAGAGUACUGAGUCUAGGAUAUGCAACAAAAUAUACAGCUCGAUCCAAAUGCCUUACUGAGACCCCAACAAAGUAUCUGCGAUGGCUGAACCAGCAGACCCGCUGGAGUAAAUCUUACUUCAGAGAAUGGCUUUAUAACUCUAUGUGGUUUCACAAACAUCACCUUUGGAUGACAUAUGAAGCAGUUAUUACUGGUUUCUUCCCAUUCUUCCUCAUAGCUACAGUAAUACAACUCUUCUACCGUGGAAGGAUAUGGAACAUUCUCCUAUUCUUGUUGACAGUGCAACUAGUUGGGCUGUUAAAAUCAUCUUUUGCCAGCUGCCUUAGGGGAAACAUUGUAAUGGUUUUCAUGUCACUUUACUCAGUAUUGUAUAUGUCAAGUUUACUUCCAGCAAAGAUGUUCGCAAUUGCUACAAUAAACAAAUCAGGAUGGGGAACAUCAGGAAGGAAAACAAUUGUUGUUAAUUUUAUUGGACUCAUUCCUAUAUCAGUCUGGUUUGGCAUCCUACUAGGAGGUGUUAUAUAUACCAUCUACAGUGAAACAAUAGAACCAGUUUCAGACUCUGAACAAACAGUACUAAUUAUUGGUGCAAUUCUCUACGCAUGUUACUGGGUAAUGCUUUUGACUUUAUACAUGGCCCUUAUCACCAAAUGUGGACGAAGGAAAAAGGAACAGCAAUAUGACAUGGUACUUGACGUAUGAUGUUGCCUAAUUUUGUUUACAGCAUUCAGAAAUGAACUAAAGUUUUCAAAAACUGUGUUAUUAGGUGGCACUGUGAUGUCAUGAACAAAAGAACAGGAAUUAUUGCUGCUGCGACUUGAACACAAGAAGUUAUUUUUAAUGUGCCAAAGUAGAACACUAAAUAAUCUACUGAAAACACACCAAAGAACCUAUUUGUUUAAUAAGAAAAUAGGUUGAAAUUCGGAUGUUUAUGCACUUUCAUAUUUGUGCAUAUGCUUGACAGUGUUACAUGAAAAAAUACCUCACUGGUCAUGCUUGUAAUGUGUGGGUGGUCAGGGUAGGGAAAAUGUUUUGUAAUUUUAAUAAUAGUUCUUGCACUCUAUUACAGUCUAACUUAUCAACUUUUGUUUUGUCUUUAAAAAGUGCAUUUUAGAUAGUUCCAUUUUAGACAAUCAUAUUUAAUGCCAAAGUUGAGCCUUAAAUCUAUAUAGGGCAUGCUGUAUUUUUGUAAUAUAUUAUUUGUAUAUUUUAUUUGUAUGCCAUUUUAUUGUGUACAUUUUAUAUUUUGCUUAAUCUCCAACAUGUUUUAUAUCUCUCAUCUUUUUUACAAUAUUGUGAUAAAUUACAAUGAACUUUAUAGCUGACCAAAAUGUGAAUCUUCAUACCAAGAGCCUGCCUAUAGGAUCAGAAAAUAUAAUCUGUGGUGACAGUCAGUUAUGGCGAAGUACUACGGGACUUUUAAUGUCAUUCAUUUGUAAUUGUUUUUAACAGAAAAAUUAAACCAUUUUCAAAGCAUAAUGAGAAAGACCUUAUUGUAACCAGUGCAAGAGUUCAUAAAGCUAUCAAAUAUGAACAUAAGUGACACUAACAUGAAGACAACAGUACUUUAUACAAUCUCUCAGUAGCAUUCGUUUCUAAUCCCCACAGCCCUGUGUUUUCUGUUUUGUUUUUUGGCAGCCAUUCUUAUCUGUAAGCAAAAGCAAACUUUUGUGAAAAACUAAACUGGUUCAACAUAAUAAAACAUUACUGAAAACUAAUUGUUAAUUAAAAAAAAAAAAAAGCAUUUGAUUUAAAUUUGGGCCAUUAAGAAUUUUAAUGCAA